CCAGCCAAUGGCAUCGCAGGCACCAGCCAUGAGCUUCGCCAGCCCCACCAUGGCACCGCUGGUCCCUGCCUCUGUCUCAGGGCUGAUGGUAUCCUCUCAGCCUGCCCAGUUCCACCCUGUCACACCCCAGAUGGGACAGGGCGGUCUCUGGCAGCAGGUGCCGGGGGCCCUGGGGCAGCUGCUGCAGCUCCCGCAGGGGGUGCAGAUGUCCCAGGGGGUUCAGCCAGCCCAUCUCCCCCAACCUGUGCAGCCAGUUGAGUUCCCCCAAGGGGUGCAGCUGGUCCAGGGGAUGCGGCACGUUCAGCUCCCCCAAGGCCUGCUGUUCCAAGAGGGAGUGCAGCUGGUGCACCUGCCCCAGGGGGUGCAGCUUUUCCAUGAGGUGCAGCCAGUCCAGCUCCCCCAAGGGGUGCAGCAGGUCCCGCUGGCCCAAGGGGUCCAGGUGCUCCCUGUCCCUGCUGCUUUUGCCCCAUCUAACACCUGGGGACAGCAGCUGAUGAUGGGGACACUGGUGCCACACCAGCCCGUGGCACUAGGGCCGGGGACCGUGGUCCAGGGGCAGCCCCUGUACCCCACGGGCUCCUGCCACCUGCCCGUCCCUGCCUGCCCCAGCCACCCACCACGCCGUGGCCAUGUGGCUCAGCGGGUGCAGGGUCCCCCUGUGCCCCACACCCAGCCUGGCAGUGCCCAGAAGCCAGCACAGGCCUCCGGCAAGGACAGGGUGGCCAGGGAGCUUGGCGUUCCCACUGCCAGCCCCCACCAGCCUGCCCUGGCUGCACCUGCCAGCACAACCAUGGGGAAGCCUACAGGUGAGUGCUGGGGGCAGCAGAGCCCGCGGGCGGGUGGCCAAGCUGAGGACAGCUGCAUCACCUGCCUUGGGGUGGCUCCGUUUGCUUUGUCAGCAGCAGUGGCCACCCAGGCAGCCCUGGAGAGUCCGGGGGAUCAGCCCCAGCAGGAACCAGCCACCUGCGCAGAGGCCAGUCUGGAGCCGGCACAGGACAUUGUGGCCGUUGCCAUGUCCGCUGCGUUUGACACCACGGAUUGCGGGAACAGUGUGCCCGAUGUCUCCGACAGCCCCGGCUUGGCGGCCUUCCUCAGUGAGCUCCCCGACCUCUCUGAGUACGUGGCAGAGGCGGCUGCGCAAAGCAGUGAGAGCAAUGGGGUUGAGGGACAGCGAGGACACCAUCCCCGAUGUCCCUGACACCACAAACCCACCACCUGCCUCAACAAGCUCCCCAAUCUCUCUGAGUACAGGGCAGAGGACACCAGCCACAGAGAGCAAGUGGCGGUGGCGGGGCUGGAAGAUGGCGAUGUCACUGGCCAGAUCCCCAAGUCUCCCACCUUCCUCAGCCAGCUCCUGGACCUCUCCGACCUCAGGGAGCUCGAUGGGUUCUGGGAGUACGCGGCUGAGAGCACCCAGGACCAGGUGGCACCUGCACCGCUUGGGGACAGCGAGGACAGUGGCCUUACCACCGAUGGCCCAGGCAUGACCACUGAGGUGCUCAAUGAGCUCCCUGACUUGGCCAAG